AUGUCAGAGCCACAGUCCGCACUUUUAUUAAGGAAACAGUUAGCAGAAUUAAAUAAAAACCCAGUAGAAGGGUUUUCAGCUGGCCUCAUAGACGACAAUGAUAUUUACAGAUGGGAAGUGCUCAUUAUUGGACCUCCGGAUACAUUAUAUGAAGGAGGAUUUUUUAAAGCUCACUUACAAUUUCCCAAAGAAUAUCCACUCAGGCCACCAAGAAUGAAAUUCAUCACAGAAAUAUGGCAUCCUAACAUCGAAAAAAAUGGUGAUGUUUGUAUAUCAAUCUUACAUGAACCGGGUGAUGAUAAAUGGGGCUAUGAAAAAGCAUCAGAACGAUGGCUACCAGUCCACACUGUCGAAACGAUCCUCAUUAGCGUUAUUAGUAUGCUUGCUGAUCCUAAUGAUGAAAGCCCCGCUAACGUUGAUGCCGCCAAAGAGUGGAGAGAAAGUUAUUCGGAUUUCAAACGAAAAGUUGCUAGGUGUGUACGAAAAAGCCAAGAAGAGUGUUUGUAG